UGUCAAGAGGAACCAGAACGUUGCUGUAUGGGACCUGCUGAAUCACAGCCUGAACCACUGAUGGAUCACCUGAGGUUCCUUGCAUUGCUGCUUAUUUGACUGAUAAGCAUAUCCACGUGAAUUAGAGAAAAAUGGGUCAGUCUUUAAACACAGGCCACCAGACCCGCUCGGUCUCCAGCCGUCCCUACUACAGCUUGCCCAACAGCAGCCAUGAGCGCCGCUCAGUGCUCACCGUCACGGAGCCGCUGCGCUUCCACUCCCACGCCAAGGGCAAAAACGUGCGGCUGGACGCCCAUUCCCGACGGGCCACGCGGAGGAACAGCUUCUGUAACGGGCUCACCUUCACCAACCGGCCCAUCCACGUCUACGAGAAGGUGCGGCUGAAGCUGGUGGCUGUGCACCAUGGCUGGAGCGGGGCCCUGCGCUUCGGCUUCACCAUCCACGACCCGUCGCAGAUGAGCUCUGACGACAUACCAAAGUACGCCUGCCCAGACCUGGUGACCCGGCCCGGCUACUGGGCCAAAGCCCUGCCAGAAAGGUUUGCUGUCAGGGACAAUGUCUUGGCCUUCUGGGUUGACCGUCACGGGAGAGUCUUCUACAGUAUUAAUGACGAGGAGCCGAUAUUGUUUCACUGUGGUAUUAAAGUCUCCGGUCCUCUCUGGGCACUCAUAGAUGUCUAUGGAAUUACCCACGAAGUGCAAAUACUAGAUAGCAUGUUUGCAGAGACCACUGCCCGUCUCAACACCGCCCGUCUCAGCUCUUGCCUUCCCCAGAGCAACCACGACUCGGCCAACUUCAAUAACAAUGAACUGGAGAAUAAUCAAGUGGUGGCCAAAAUAGCAAACCUAAACCUGAGCCGGGUGCCGGGACUUGCGACAGACAACCACAUCAUCCCCUGCUGCCCCAACCGGCGGCUGCGUGUGCAGGGGGUCCCGGCCUUCCUGGACACAGACCUGCGAUUUCACCCCACCCAUGGACCUGACAUCACCUUUUCCCAGGACCGGAUGGUCGCCUGCACCAACUGGCAAGAGAGCAGUAGGACUUUGGUGUUUUCUGACCGUCCUUUGCACGUCGGCGAGAGCCUGUUUGUGGAAGUGGGACACCUUGGGUUGCCAUACUACGGGGCCCUCUCGUUUGGCAUCACUUCUUGUGAUCCGAGUACUUUAAGGACAAACGAGCUCCCAGCAGAUCCGGACUCUCUCCUGGACCGCAAAGAGUACUGGGUGGUGUUCCGGGCCUUCCCGGUCUUCAGCGGAGGUGACAUCCUCAAUUUCACGGUCUUGCCAAACGGCGAGGUGCACCAUGGGGUGAAUGGAGCGAGCCGUGGCAUGCUGAUGUGCGUGGAUACCUCGCAGUCUCUCUGGGUGUUUUUUACAAUCCAUGGUGUAAUCAACCAGCUCAAAAUACUGGGCACUGUGCAGUCCAGCCCAGUGACCGUCUCACCCUCAGGGUCCCCCGGUGGCUCACAGUACGACAGCGACUCUGACAUGGCCUUCAGUGUCAACAGGUCAUCGUCUGCCUCGGAGUCUUCGCUUGUGACUGCUCCCAGUUCUCCCCUGAGCCCCCCUGUCUCUCCCGUCUUCCCCCCUCCGGAGCCAUCCAGCAGCAAAAACGGGGAAUGCACCGUCUGCUUUGACAGCGAGGUGGACACAGUGAUCUAUACCUGUGGACACAUGUGCCUCUGCAACACCUGUGGUCUUAAGCUGAAGAAGCAGCUCAACGCCUGCUGCCCCAUCUGCCGACGGGUCAUCAAAGAUGUUAUUAAGAUUUACCGCCCGUAGCGCCCGGCUUGGGCUUGGGAAGGGAGACCGCCGCUAGCAGUAACCAUGCCUUUCCGUCCCUGCUUAUGGGUUAUCGUGCUGGUCAGUUGUAAUCAAGUGGCUCGUUAUCUGUGUUUCCUUAUUUGAUUGGUAGGGCAUAAUUCAGGGAUCAAAUUGAGAUAAGGAUCACAUGGGGCAGUGCUGCUGGGCUGUGUGCCCACAGAGUGAAUUGCGGUAGGAAUCCGACCCAGCUGCAGAUGGGAAAUUCCCUGUGCCAAGCUUUUUUAUCCUGCAGAGGAUAAGGCUGAUGUGAUGUGGGUUGGGAGGGAACGCUGCAGUUCGCUGGGUGCUGCUGGAUUGCCCGGCCCCAGAGCUCAGACAACUCUGUGCUGCUGGUGCUGUGGUGGAGCAAAAUUAGAAUGUGGCCCAGUGGGAGGGUUUGGAGUGGACAAAAUUGAUCUGAAAAUUUAAUACCCAUCCAUUUAAGGGGAGCAAGCAAAGGCCAAAAUAGUAGCACAACUAGACUGUCAUUUGUUUGGGUUUUGAGCAGGCUGCUGGGGCAUGUGGAGGAGCUGCUUCCUUUGGCUUGGCUGCAGCAGCUCUUUCUUUUUUUGGUGGAACAGGGCCCAGGUCUUGCUCUGCUCCUCCCAGCAUGGGGCAGUUGCGGUCUCAUAGGGACCUGCUUGGCUCAUGUCUCUUAUCCUUCCCCAGUCCCUGUGGGCUCACCUUCUUUCUGGGCACUGUGCCAUUUUUCUUCUGCCUCUCUGGAUUUCCCAGCACAGCUCCCACUGCCCACACACUGGCUGCCAGGAGAGGCUUCAGCCACAGGCAAGAACUCAUUGGGAUGAAUAGGGAUCAAACUUGGCUUUGCUGGGGAGGUGGAAGGAAAGGCUCUGAGGCUAUUAUUAGACUUAAAAGGUAAACGUAUUUCAGCUGUGGUGUUAGACAGCCAUGAGCAGCAGCAAUCUAGAGGAGGAGGGAAGUGUAUGGGCAGGCAGUGGGUCUGUGCAGGGCUUGGUGUCCUCCCUGACGCUCCCACAGGAGCUCCCCUAUCCUUUGUCCCCCUGCAGGCUUCCUCCCACACAAGACUCAGGCCUGGCUGCAUUUCAUGAUGCAAACCAGAGGCUGAAAGAGGGGCUGAUGUCAUUCUAGCUCAAUGAUUGUGUGCCACCAAGUGAGUAAGAAAGGUGUAGUUGUCACAUUUCAGUCCAAAAAUGGAGAAAAGCAACCCAUGUGCUGCAGGGCCGCUGAGUGCAGAGGGAUGCUCCUGUCCCUCCAUGCCAUGGGUGUGCUGCUGACUCUGUGCUGCUGACUCUCUGCUGCUACUGCUGUUGGUGGCCUGGCCAUGCUGCCCAGUGGGGGCUGUGGGGCUGCUCUCUCUCUCCCUGGGGGCAGUGAGCUGUCCUACAUACACCCAGCAGGCAGGGCAUAGAGAAAACUUUUUUUGUUUUAAAACUUAAAGAGCUAAUGAGCGUUUCAAUUAAGUGUAUGGAGGAGAGGCUGCUUUAA